GAAUUUGUACAGCUAUUUUUCCGUUAUAAAAGAGUUACCAAUCUUUAACUUUUUACUCUGUUAAAAAUAUAAUACAGUAACUAUGCAGCUGUUUUUGAUUUUGUGCUUUGUUGCUGGGGCUUCAGCCUUACCGGAUUGCCCUGCUAAUUCGCAUUACGAUAAAUGUGGAACAGCAUGCCCUGUCACAUGUGAGAAUCAUUUGAAUCCUCCCAAAUUUUGUGUCUUAAUGUGCAAACCAGGAUGUCACUGUGACGAAGGAUACGUCAAAAGCAAGGAUGGACAAUGUGUACAACCAGAUGAAUGCAGCAAUGCUAUUUGUGAUGAAAAUCAAGAAUACCAAACUUGUGGAACAGCUUGUCCCCUUACUUGCGACAAUUAUGACAAUCCACCCAAAAUAUGCAACGCCAUGUGUCUCAUUGGAUGCCAAUGCAAGAAAGGAUAUGUCCGGACCAAGGAUGGACGAUGUGUUCUCCCUGAAAACUGCCCAAAUCGAGCUGCUGCUGUCUGUGGUGAAAACCAAGAGUACCAAACUUGUGGAACAGCUUGUCCUCUUACUUGUGAUAAUUACGAGAAUCCACCCAAAAUGUGCAAUAAGAUGUGCAUCAUUGGAUGUCAAUGCAAGAAGGGAUACGUCCGAACCAACGACGGAAGAUGUGUUCGUCCCGAAAGCUGUCCUAUUAUUAUUUUUAUGGAUGAUAUGACUAUACCAUCGAAAGAUGAAGAGGAAGGUCUUGAAAGGCUUGCAUCGUUAAAGAUGUUUCCAAUUAUAUUUUUUCAACUCCUUCCCUUUUUCUCCUACAAUAGAACAGAUUGUCCUGUCAACUCUCAUUAUUAUAGCUGUGGAACAAAAUGCCCCAUCACAUGCGAAAAUUACUUGAAUCCUCCCAAAGCUUGUGUUUUUAUGUGCAAUCCAGGAUGUCACUGUGACGUAGGAUACGUCAAAACCAAGUAUGGACAAUGUGUAAGACCAAAUGAAUGCAGCAUUCGCAAUGAUUGUCCAGCCAACUCACAUUAUUAUAUCUGUGGAAAACAAUGCCCCAUCACAUGCGAGAAUUAUUUGAAUCCAACCAGAGCUUGCAGUUUUGCGUGCAUUCCAGGAUGUCGCUGUGACGAAGGAUACGUUGAAAUCAAGUAUGGACAAUGUGUAAGACCAAAUGAAUGCAGCAUUCGCAAUGCUGUUUGUGGCAAAAAUCAAGAAUACAAAACUUGUGGAACUGCAUGUCCUCUUACUUGUAAAAAUUAUGACAAUCCACCCAAAAUAUGCAACAAGAUGUGUGUCAAUGGAUGCCACUGCAAGAUGGGAUACGUCAGAACCGAUGAUGGACAAUGUGUCCUCCCUGAAAACUGCCCAAAUAGAGCUGCUGAAGUUAACUCCUGCCUGAUGAAGCAUGAUACUGGACCGUGCCGUGCAUAUUUCCCUAAGUUUUAUUACGAUGCCAGAACCGGAAAAUGCACGGAAUUCAUCUAUGGAGGAUGUCAGGGCAAUGGAAACAGAUUUGAUACAGAGGAAGAGUGCUUGAAGAAAUGCAGCAGUAUGCAUAAAUUAGAGAAAAGUAUUGUUAUAAAUAAUCCAUUUUUUACUGCAGACGUUAACUCCUGCCUGAUGGAGCAUGAUACUGGACCGUGCCGUGGAUAUUUCCCCAAGUUUUAUUACGAUGCCAAAACCGGACAAUGCACUGAAUUCAUUUAUGGUGGAUGCGAUGGCAAUGAAAACAGAUUUGAUACAAAGGAAGAGUGCUUGAAGAAAUGCAGCAGUAUGCAAAAAAUAGAGAAAAAUAUUGCUUUAAAUAAUCCAUUUUUUACUGCAGAAGUUAACUCCUGCCUGAUGGAGCCUGAUACUGGACCGUGCCGUGGAUAUUUCCCCAGCUUUCAUUACGAUGCCAAAACCGGACAAUGCAAGGAAUUCAUCUAUGGUGGAUGCGAGGGCAAUGGAAACAGAUUUGAUACAAAAGAAGAGUGCUUGAAGAAAUGCAGCACAUAAAGAUUAUCAGCAUCUGAUGUAGUGUAAAUAUUAUGUCGUUUCACACGGAACUUAUUGAAGAUUACGACGAUAACUUCGUAAAUGGACCAUUGUUAUCCAGAUUAAAAAA